UCAGUGUUGCGCGGUCGGCCGCGGCGCGUGCGUUCGUUUGCCUUCUCCGGCCAGGCCUAGCCGCGGUCCGGCGCACACCGCGCCGCCAAGCCGCCCUCUGGCGCCAUGUCGCAGAGCGGGGCUCCGGGGCUGCAGGACGAGAACCUGCAGGGCUCCUGGGUAGAAUUGCACUUUAUCAAUAAUGGGAGCAGCAGUAGUGUUCCAGCCUCUGUGUCUAUUUAUAAUGGUGACAUGGAAAAAAUACUGCUGGAUGCACAGCACGAGUCUGGAAGGAGCAGCUCCAAGAGUUCUCACUGUGACAGCCCGCCACGCUCACAGACUCCACAGGAUACUAACAGGGCUUCUGAGACAGAUACGCACAGCAUCGCAGAAAAGAACAGCUCUCAGUCUGAGGAAGAUUAUAUUGAGAGAAGGAAAGAAGUCGAAAACAUCUUGAAGAAAAACUCAGAUUGGAUAUGGGAUUGGUCCAGUCGACCAGAGAAUAACCCCCCCAAGGAGUUCCUCUUUAAACACCCGAAGCGCACGGCUACUCUCAGCAUGAGAAACACGAGCGUUAUGAAGAAAGGGGGCAUUUUCUCAGCAGAAUUUCUAAAGGUUUUCCUUCCGUCUCUGCUGCUCUCUCAUCUGCUGGCCAUUGGAUUGGGGAUCUACAUUGGAAGGCGCCUGACAGCCUCCACCAGCACCUUCUGAUGAAGCGUCUGACCUUGCUCCCAGUGCGGGUUCCUGCUGAGCUGUGACAGUCAGCUGAAGAGCUGUUGUGAUCCUGGGUGGCUGCAGCACCUGUGUCUGUUCCUUCUUAAGUGCGGCAGAAUAGACACAGAUUGUGGUGACUGUAAUGCCUUUGGGAUCGAUGAAUAAGCAUGUUAGACUGAGGCCUCUGGUAAACGUUUGGAUAUUAGAUACAAAUAGUGCAAAUAAUUUUAAUAUACUAGUUACGAUGUAUGUAGUAUUUAAAAAUUAUCAGUAACCUUAAUUCAGUUAAAACACUUUAUAUUUCAAAAGAAUGAGUAACAUUGACAGUAAGCUCACUACAUUGGAGGGGGUUUGUUCAGAAGGAAUACUGUGGCCUUAUCACACUAUUGUAGAAAAUACUGUGUUUAAUUUAAAUGAAUGCAGGUUGUCUAUAAAGACCACUUAACCUUGUGAAUUGUUUGUUCUUAAGUAGCAAAUGGAAACCAAGGCCGCUCUGCAGACUGCUGCCUCUACCUGCACUAGCGCUGCUUCUGCAGUGAGAACUGCAGCCUCUGACUGUCAGGCCACCUCGGCCUCAGAUUCUGUGGGGCACCUCUGUGGUCUUUCCUCUAGGAUUGCUAGAUUAACCAAUCAUGUGUGCUCUUAAAAUCAACUUUAUUGUAAGCACAUCUGUGUCUACUUUAAAAGACGGGAAGGGGUAAGAAGUAAAUCUUUGCCAAAUCCUUUGGAGAUUGUUGAAUUUACAUGAGUUAAAAUCAUAAAGGCUUCUAUUAAACCAGGCCUAUUGUUGAUUAUCUCGUUUUUUUCUACAUCCCAAGUUUUUCAGAGGCUGCCUCUUUGAUAUGCUGUAUAUAUCUUGUGUCAUCUUUCAGGUGUUGAAAUAAAUGUAUCAUUUUA